UACGUAGGACGUGCAGCGGUUCAAAGAGGAAGGAAGAUGGCGGACAACAAAGACGAGGAAGAUUUGAAACCGUCUGCUAAUUUGGACUCCCUGCCUUCAGCGCCAGAUAACGAGCAGUCAGAGACGAAUGAGGAAAGUGCGACAAUAAUUACAGAAGCGAAUACGAAGGGUGAAGAAGAAACAGAGCGUAAUGAUAACGCGAACGAGGCACCAACACCCACUAGCGACGGAGGAGACGUUAGCAGCGUCGCGACUGUCGGUGCGGGAGGGGAAGCCAAUGGUAGCGCUAGCAACGCCGUGAGCCCCGCUGAGACCAACUGUUCCAGCACAGAGCCAGCAACCACUGAAAGCCCGAGUGCCGGGGAUGCUGCCGGAGAUGGUGGGCUCUCUACUGAAAUGUCCCCCCCUCCUACUGCUCCAGCGGCUACGCCGGUAUCCACUCCCAUUAAUUUACUGGAUACGUGCGCAGUGUGUAAACAAAGUCUUCAGAACCGAGACUGUGAGCCCAAACUUCUGCCUUGUCUGCACUCAUUCUGCCUAAAAUGUAUCCCGCAACCAGAAAGACAGAUAAGCGUACAGGUCCCUGGUCCACACGGGCAGACGGACACACACAUCGUAAAUGUGAUGCGGUGUUUGGUGUGCCACCAGGACUACAAACAGACCGACAUUAUUGACAACUACUUUGUCAAAGAUACCACAGAGGCCACAAGCACGUCUGAUGAAAAGUCUGCACAGGUGUGCACAAGUUGUGAGGACAAUGCCGGAACAAUAGGCUUCUGUGUUGAGUGUGGAGAAUGGCUGUGUCAGACGUGUGUGGAGGCCCACCAAAGGGUCAAAAUUACCAAGGACCACAAGAUUCGAACGAAGGAGGAUGCGGAUGCGGAUGCUUCCACUGAGUCCGUUGGAACGUCAGGACAGAGGCCUGUGUUCUGCCCCAUCCAUAAGCAGGAGACGCUGAAGCUUUACUGCGAGACCUGUGACACCUUAACCUGCAGGGACUGCCAGCUGCUCGAGCACAAGGAGCACAGGUACCAGUUCUUGGAGGAGGCUUUCCAGAACCAAAAAGGCAUCAUUGAGACCAGCAUAGCCAAGCUGCAGGAAAAGAAAAACUACGUUCAUUUCUGUGUCUCUCAUGUGCAAAACAGAUUAAAAGAGCUGAAUGAGACACAUAAGAAAGUGGAGCAUGAAAUCAAAAUAGCAGUAUUUACCCUUAUAAAUGAGAUCAACAAGAAGGGCAAGUCUUUGCUGCAGCAGUUGGAGGGUGUAACCAAAGAGCGCAGUUUGAGGCUCGUGGCGCAGCAUAAGGAUACAACUCAGCUGGCUCAACAGAUCCACCAUGUGCUAAAAUUUUGCCAUUGGGCGAUUACAACUGGCAGCAGCACGGCACUGCUUUACAGCAAGAGGCUGAUCCUGUUCCAGCUUCGCCAGCUCUUUAAAGCUAGACUGGAGCCAGCACCUCAGGCCAAUGGAGUUGUUCGUUUUUUCUGUGACCCAACCUUCUGGGCCAAAAAUGUGUUGAACCUUGGUAAUUUGGUAAUUGAGAAACCACCUCCACCUGCUCAACCACCUAAUACAAUGGUCGGAGGACAGCCUAUUCCACCAGGCCAGGGUCAUCCUGGUAAACACCCAGGACAGAUAAACCUGGCCCAGCUCCGGUUGCAGCACAUGCAGCAAGCAGCCUAUGCACAGAAGCAGCAACAGCAACAUCAUCAUCAGCAGCAACAUCAUCAUCAUCAGCAGCAACAGCAACAGCAGCAACAACAACAACAGCAGCAGCAGCAGCAGCAGCAGCACCAUCACCAACAGCAGAUCCAACAGCAGAUGCGUAUUGCCUCCCAAAUGUCUCAGCAGCACCCCAGACAGGCUGGCCCACCCUUGGUUCAGCAGCAGCCUCCAAGGCUCAUCAGCAUGCAGCAGCUAUCAAGAGGGCCUGGGGGUAUGAAUGGUGGACCAGGGGCCCCAAUAUACCCUUCCCCCCAACACAUGCGUCUACCUGGCCCUUCACAGGUCCGAAUGCCCACAGCUCAGCCCAGGCUCAAUGGACAGCAGUAUCCCCCCAUGAUGCAGCCUCACAUGCAGAGACAGAUGACUUUAGAAUCUGAGAUGAGCCACCAAAGGUUUCGUUUCUUACUACAAUCAGGGCAUUCCAACCCGGGGCAUGCAGGCCCUUUCCCAGUGGCCUCCCUUCAUAAUGCCAACCCCACAAGUCCCACCAGUGCCAGUAUGGCUGGCGCCCACACUCAUCGUGGGCCUGCCAGCCCCAUCAUUGGUCCCAUCGAGCUUAUCCCCUCGGUCACCAACCCUGAGAACCUGCCCUGCCUACCUGAGAUCCCGCCCAUUCAGCUGGAGGAUGCAGGUUCAAGCAACCUUGGACACCUCCUUUCACGCUACAUCACUGCCAGCACACAGCAACAUCUGGGCUCAAUAGACAUGAAUCCCUCACCUGGACUGUCCACACAUUCGCCAGGAUCGUCAGGUCUUUCCAAUGCCCACACACCAGCACGACCUUCGAGCACAUCCAGCACAGGCAGUAGAGGCAGCUGUAGCUCUGCUGGGAGGGCAGUACAAGGAAGUGGAGCUGCUGCAGAGCAGGUGAAGGUGAAACAGGAGCCAGGUACAGACAAUAGCUACAGCUGUCCAUCUUCAUCUGUCAAGUCAGAGCGUGGCACAGAUGCUGGGAGGAGUGCCUGCAUGAUGAGCAAUCCUGAGAACACUUCCCUCUCAGCAUUAGGAGCUAUAGGCCAAGAUGCCCUCAGGUCUGUAGCUGACCGUAUCAAAGCAGAACCCCAGUCUGAGACGACGUGUUCUGGACUAAACGGCUCCAAUGCAGCCAAAUCAUCUUCUACUGGUACCACUUUGACCUCCACUACCUCAUCAUCCAUAGAGAACAGCAGCACGACUGGUCCUCCCCUCACUAAUGGAAACUUAGGGAGAGGGACAGAGGUGCACAAGAGCUCAGCGUCUACUGGUACAGGCAAUCCUGCUGGGAAAGAGGAUGACCCCAAUGAAGACUGGUGUGCUGUUUGUAUUAAUGGUGGUGAUCUGCUGUGCUGUGACCGGUGUCCCAAAGUGUUUCACAUGAAAUGCCAUGUACCCACCAUAAAAAUCUUCCCAAAGGGUGAUUUCCUCUGCACUUUUUGCCGGAGUCUCUCAAGCCCUGAGAUCGAGUACUGUGAUGACAGCCAGAAAAUUAGAGGAGAGCAGUCCCUGAAUCCUGAAGAUCAGAGGAGAUGUGAACGGCUUCUCUUGUACAUAUACUGUCAUGAACUCAGCGUCGGCUUUCGGGAACCUGUUCCUAGUUCUGUGCCCAAUUACUACAAGAUUAUUAAGCAUCCCAUGGACCUGAAGAAGGUGAAGAAGAAGCUGCAGUUACGGAGCUCCCAACACUACACGUCUGUCCAGGACUUUGUGACUGAUAUGCGCCUGGUCUUCAACAACUGUGCUCAGUACAAUGAGAUGUCUCGAAUAAUCCAGGUUUAUGAUGAGGAGAAACAGAUUAAUACACAGGUGGGAUCAGAGAUGGCGAUAACCGGGAAGGCAGUGAGUCUGUACUUUGAGGAGAAGUUGCAGGAGAUGUAUCCAGGGCAGAGCUUCCCAGAAAUGCCGGAAACGGAGUCCCGUGAUGAAAAGGAGAAGGAGAAGGAAAAAGAAAAGGAAAAGGAAGACAAUGACACGGACGACUCUGAUGAUGACUUCGUACAACCCAGACGCAAACGAUUAAAAACGGAUGAGAAAGUGGUCCAUAUCAAGUGAGAACCUGCCACUUGGUGAAAAACGGUCUUCCCUGGACAGCCCCCCCACCCCCCCUUGAGGCAGCAAAUGAAAAGGACAAUACGCUGUAACAACUGCUUAGUUCAUCUGAUCCAUUCCUUCUGGAGGAAUUGUCGACUACAUAAGAAGUCUGCCUUGACCAGAAGGACUAAAACAUAGAAGAGCAAGAGUUGCAUUCCCUCUUAAUUUUAUGGACAUGCAACUCGCUUGUACAAUUUUGAAGUAGGACUUGUUUUGCAGUAGGUAACGUUUGGUUCUUUAUCAUCCGUUUUCAUUUGUAGAUUUGUUGUGAAAUUGCUUUACAAGACAUUUCAAUCCAGUGUUCUGUUUAAUGUAUUAUAUCUAUCCUUUGACAUGAAACCUACAAAGUAUUUGUAUGACUUUGUGGAAAUGUUAUGUAAAUAAGAGAAUUUAGCCCACUUAAGCUAUUCCUACAGUAUAGAUGUUUGGUUGCGUCAAAAAUAAAACCUGUUCCUGAAAUAUGUCA